AUGGCUAAAGGACUCGAUGAUCUGAUCAACUGGCUCGUGGAAGAGACGGCGUAUGCUGGAGAAAAGGGCCAGUCAGUAGCAGAAUUUGUGGCGGCUGUGAGCAGAUUCAGCUCGCGGCAGCAGAGAAGGAGGGCGAGGCAUGGCGACCGCCAUGGCGAGAAGAUGGGCGCGGCGGCCGCAGCAGCUUACGCCGAUGGGCUGAGCUCUGGCGAGACGGACAUGCAGCUCGCACGCAAGGCGUGGGAGUGGCUGAUGGAGCGGCCAGAGAUCCUGGUGGGCCGUGGCGAGCCGGGCAGCAAGGGCCUGUCGCUGGACGAUGUGCUGGCGCUGCCGGAGCCGGUUGAGCCUCCUUUACCUGUUGAGGCAGCCGACAAGGGCAAAGACAAGAAGAAGGCCCCAGCCAAGGGGAGUGCUGCCAGCAAGAGAGCGUCGACAGCAGCAACACCACCGACAUCACAGCUGGCCGACGAGCAGGCGGGCACGCGGCCGCGGCUCUACGCGACAGAACAGACGAUCUGGUACACGGUUACGGGCCACGACGUCGACUACAAGAAGAUCCCGCCACUGGAGUGGAAGUGUCUCAUGGGCAUCGCAUCGGCCAAGGAGCACGGCAUCCUGCAGGGUGAUCUGCGCGCGCUCGUCAACCAGGACAAGCGGUCGGUGCCGAAGCGGACCGAUUUUCUAGCUACUAAGGGCUAUGCCAUCAAGCGGACGACGAUUGCGCGCGGCUACCGCACGAGCAUGCUGUGGCUGACCGAGUUUGCGCCAGUGGAGCUGCCCGAGGCCGAAGACCCAUCGAUGACAACGUCGGGCGGCAUCGACUUCUCGGCGGCCUUUCUGACCAAGGACCUAGAGCCGGUUCCGUGGCGAAACCGCUGGACGGGCGAGUCGAUUGAGUUUGCGUCGUUUGGCCAGACGAUCCUGGCCGUGACCAAGGCCUGGGGUGUCAUCCGGCUGGUCGACCUCAAGCAGAAGCUGGGCAUCCACAGCCGGCCGUGGCACAUGCGCACGCUCGCCCGAUCCUGCCGCGAGUUUGUGGCGUCGGGUGUGCUGCGCUACGUGGCGGCUGUGCGUCAGGACGAGCGUCGUCUCUUCAAGGACUGCAUCAACGGUGUCGUUGGCAUCGGCUCGGCCCUGCUGCCAUCGUGGGUGCCGGAGAAGCCGCUGGCCAACCUGAUCUACGACACCGUCCGACAGGCUGGUCCACGCGGCAUGACGUCGCCGGAUAUCUGCAAGGCGACCGUGGGCGCCUCGUUUGGCCGCUACAUGUUCUCGCUCAUGGCCGAUCUGGCAAAGUUGGGCAACCAGCCGGAGCAUCUGGGCCGCUUCCAGCUGCGCAGCGCGCCGGUCAGGACGGGCAAGAACAACGCGUACGUGUUCGUCGCCAGCGGCAUGGAGGAAGAAGAGGCGCAGAGGAGCAGCACGGCGAGCCAGCUGGUGUCUGAGCGAUCUGACGCCGACCCGGUGGCCGAUCUGAGCCGUCGCUUCGGCUUCGUCACACGACCCGACACCACGGCCAGACAGGCCGAAGGACGGACUCUGUCAGAACUUGCCGGCAGCGUCUCCACGCAAGGCGGCUCUCAACGGCGCCAUUAUCACCAUCGUACCAUUGGCCGGAGACAGCCGAUGGCAGGGAAGGCGGCGCAGCGGAAGAGACAGCCACAUGAAGGGGACGAGACCGAGGCCGUCAACAGCAGCAGCGCCAACCCACCGCGGAAACGAGGACGACCGAGGAAGAUACCGGCGCCCAGCGAAGUCGAAGCACCAGCACCGCAGCCAGACGAGCCAGAUGAGCCAGAUGAGCCGUAUGUCCUGGUAGGCAAGCCAGGAUCGCUGAACCAAGGACUGAGAGUAGACGGCCGUCCAAAGCGGUCCAUUGUGCUCGUGGCCAAGCUCGACAAGCUCAAGGACGGCGGUUUUCUCGAGGGCGGCGGGGGCUAUAAGGCGGCCGAGAGCCUGUCGCAAGAGGCUGCGCCGGCAGCUGUGCGGAGAGACUGGCGGGCCGUCCUGGAGCUGGGUGACUCUGUUGUCCCUGAACAGCCUCGGCGCGAGGAGACACCGGCAGCCAAAGUCGACGCCGUCGCGGAGGUGUCAGCGCCAGGGGCUGUGGUAUCACACUACAACGGAUCGCCCGGCCGUCUGACGGUCGACACGAGCAGCCUGAGGCUUCUCUUCAGCUUUGACAGAAACACGGCGUCCAAGGCGUCCGAUAAAGCGCCGCUCACAAUAGCCGUGGGCAGUAUCGUCGGUGAUCCCAGCAUCCGGGAUGCUCCCGGAGGUGCCGGCGAGGCUCUGGUGCUGCAGGCCCGAGAAGGAGACGGCCGGCAGGAGUCGGAGCCAGUCUGGCCGUUUGUCUUUAUCCUCGACGGCGCCGACGGCAACCACAAAAAGGCCAUGGCGCUUUGUAGUCGUUUGACGGAGCUGCGUAAGGCAGCUGAAGACGACAAGGACGAUGACGAGACCGAAGACGGUGACGUUGGCGAUGAUGCUGCAAUUGCUGGCACAGCUGCUUCCGGCCGAAGGCAAGGCCGCGGGCUGAAGAAGGGCAAGCCGACGUCGGGGCCGAAAGAGUACAGCUGCGAGAAAUGCGGCGGCACGUGGAAGAAUCUGCUGGGGCUGCAAUACCACCAGACCAAGGCACGGACGUCGUGCAAUCCCAACUAUGCGCCGCCGCCGAUCAUGGAGAUCAAGAGGAAGACUCGGGAGCGGAGGGACAAGACGCACGACCGGGAAGGCGAUGGGUCCAGCUUGUUGUCGUCGCCAUCCGCAGGCCGUGUCAGAGGCGAGUCCAUGGGACCGGCACGCAGACUGUUUGGCGGCAGCUCGAGGGCUGUGGCGCCGCGAGGAAUCGUUCGCAACCCAGCACUGGCAGUCGACAGACGAACGGAGCCAGCGAGCAGCGAGAAGGACAAUCGACCUCCCCAAGGGGAGAACGGACAGACGGACGCAACUGCAGCAGCAGCAACAGCGGCAACAGCAGCCUUUAUACGAAGAAGAGAGCUGGAGAGCAGCAGUCUCGAAGGCGAAGUGGCCAACAUUGACCCACGACUCAGGACGCCACAAGUGCCCAAGGCGUCGAUGCUGCCGACGGGCAGCGUGCAGUUUCCACUGGCGGCCGCAACAGCAGCAGCAGCAGCAGCAGCUAGGAGCAGCACGCCCGCCAGCAAGACAGCUAGCAAGACGGAGAGGUUGGACGGCAGCAGCGCAGCCGCGCUGACCGGCUUCCAGAUGCCUUUAGUGCGGGUGACGACACGGAUGACGUCGUUUAUGCUGCGGUCGACGCGGGUGGCGGAGAUUGUCAAGCACCUGCUGCGGUCAUCCGGCGGGGUGUUUCCGAGCGACCGGUCGCUGUGGUACGCCGUGUUCGGGGUGUACACGAAGAGCUUUCCGGGCGAAGACCCGCCGACGCUCAACGUCAGCCGGGCGGUGAUGAAGAAGCUGGAGGCGGCCAAGGCGGUGGAGGAGCACACGUUUGGCUUCCGCGACGCCAAGGGCCACUUUAUCUACCUCCGACUGCUGGUCAGCAGUGGCGAAGACCCAAAGUCGGACGCGGCACGAGCGAUGCGCCAGCGAAUGCAGGAGAGCCACCCACAGCCGUAUGUGCCGGCCGAGUUUGCGCCGUCGGACAAGGACAUGGCAGUGCUGCGAGUAGGCCAAGACAAGAACGACAGAGAUGGACGACGUCUGCCGACAUCCGUGUUCGACGGGCUGACAUCGAUCCGCUUUCUGGUGCCGAACACACGGUUGGGAGACGAGGUGGACGAGAUGGAGGAGGGAGUGAAGGGAGUGGAAGACAGCAUGGACUACAAUGUGGUCGACAGCCAGAUUAGUCACCGUGUCCGCUUGAGUCACGUGACAUUCACCAAUCUGGUGGUGUUGCGAGCGACAGUGGCGUCGCGGGACGUAUGGCCGGCACUAUCGGAUGGUUUUUUUGAGAAGCAGGCGGAUAGCCAGGGGGUCAGCUUCACGAUGAACGGCUGGCUGCCGGGUCGGACGGAGCGGUUGCGGGACAGCCUGCCGCAGACGGUGGCCGAGUGUGAGCAGCAGCUGCGCGGCAGUGUGCGGAUCGGCAGGACUGUCAGCACGGCGGCCGGCCGCUUCUUCCGGGACGUCGAGCGCUGCCGUCUGUGGGAGAUGUCGCCGCGCGGUCACCAGCUGCUAGCCAGCGGCGCCACGGUCGCGCCCGAGCACGUCUUUCUGCACGUCGGUUUUGGCGGGGAGCAUCGGCUGGCGACGGGCAGCGCGUGUCCGGUGCUGCGAUGGAGCGAGCGGAACCAGUUCGGGCUGGCAUCGGUCCCGUCCGGCACGCCGGAGGAGGGCGAGCGAGGAGCCGGUAGUGCGGGAUGGAGCGGACGAGGCGGAGCGAGUGGAUGGGGUAGAGGAGGCGGAUGGGGACGAGGCUGGACGGCCGGCGGACGGGCUGCUCAACUGCGACAGGCAACGUACCUGGCGAGCUCCCGACGAGAGCUGACCGGCUAUCCACAGACAGAGAGAGACUAUCUGAGGGGGAGGGCCACAACCACUCUCGACUGGUCCGCCGACGAGACGCUCAUCGCGGCAUUUGUGGCGAUCAAGACGCUCAUUGGCGGACUCAGCCAGGCAGUGGACUGGGGCCUACUGAUGCGGCUCUUCCCCGAGCGGAAGCUGUCAGGCCUGCGGGCGUUUUGGAGCACAGCCCGUCGCGAGCGGGCAGCCGUGGUCGAUGGCCUGGCCGAGCGGUUUCAGCAGGCGUUUCCCGAGGCGUACGGUCGCGGCGAGCUGGCAGCCGUGCUCGACUACAACAAUGUGCUGGCAUACGACUGGGCCGGCCUGGUGGCGUGGACGCUGCGACUGAUGCGGCGAGGUGAGGCAGACGCGCUGCCGGCAACACGCGAGCAGCUGGAGGGAGAGUAUGUCGUGGGGGGAGGACAACCACAACCGCUCUCUUCCUGGCGAGAAGACUACUACCAUCCGACACGCUCGGUGUGGAACCGACUGCAGGACGCGGCUGGCGAGGCGGCCGUGCUAUCGCUAGACGGGCCCGGAUUGUCAACGCCGGCCGAGGCCGCAGCAGCGAUGGAGGCAGCACGAGCAGGCGGCAAGGCAGAACAGGCAGCAGCGGCACGAUCUGCGCUGCGACACUUGGUGGCUCGGUCAUGGCUGCGGGCGCUGUGCGCGACGCCACACGAACGGUACCGGCCAUCGCGGAUCAAGCAGAAGCUGUUGACGCUGGGAGCGGUGGGCGGGGACGAGCGGCAGCACAGCGAGAGUCCCGACACGAUCAACCGGCAGCUGCAGGCAGUCAUCGGCGAGCUGCAGAACGAGCGGGUGCUGCGGCGGACCAAGUCGAUGGUGGCGCUGGGUGGCCGCAUGUAUCUGCUGGCGGAGGCGUACGCGAGCACGCUGGACAAGGCAGCACAGCAGGACAAGUUCCGGCAGGCAGCCGCGUUCAAGCGGCGGCUCGACCACAGUUUCCGGGCCGACCAGACCGUCGAGCUGUCGCCGUCGACCAACGACGACGGCAUGGUGAUGGCGCUGCUGAACCUGCAGGCCCACGGCCGCGUGGCCGUCGAGGCGGUCGAUGCGCCGUGUGUGCCGUUUGGCUUUGAGCCGGGCAAUUACGAGACGCGCAAGUUUCCGAAGCACUACCAGCGAUUCCGCCAGCGGGUGGUGCCGACCGAGCGAUACGUGUAUGGGGAGGACGAGGGCGAGGACGAGGACGGAGAGCGGCUGUCUCUGAUGGAUGCACCCGCACCCGGACCUCACGGCGAGCUGCCAAUGUGGCGCGACUUCUUUGGCGUGCUGGACCGGAGCCGAUUCGUCCGUCUGGCCAGUGCGGUGGUCUUCUCGAUGGCGACACGCGGCGGCGCCGUGGAGCCGCGGCAGACGGCAGCCCAUCUGCGGCCGGUGCUGGAGCCGUUUGAGGUGCAGAUGCUGAUCGACUGGGCGGUGGCGGUGGGGAUCCUCGAGAGGGGAGGCGGCGACGAAUGCACAGUCUGGCACCUAUCGGAAUGGUGGUGGCUGCUGAUCGGACGGAUGUACGAGGGGCUGGACGGCGAGGAGACGACGGCCAGCGGAGAGAAGGGCGAACACGGCGAGGACGGCCGUGGCGAAGACGAGGACGAGGACGAGGACGAGAUGGAAGUCGAGGUCGAGAACGAGAAGGAGAAGGAGAACGAAGACGAAGACGAAGAUGACGGCGACGAGGGGCCUCUUGCCGACGUCGGCCGCUCCAGCAGAACCGACAGCUGGCGCGUUAUCUGCGGGCUGGACUGA